UUGACCCGGUUGGCCUGAUGAACAUGAUGCACAUACAAUAUGGAAAGAAAAUGUUAGCAAAUAAAGAAAUGAAACGUACAAACUAAACGCCGCAAAUUAAUUUUUAAUAUGUUCUUUUAAAAAAAGACCAUUGCCGCUAACGCCUUCCUCUUCAUGUUUUUUUAACGGAAUUGCCACAAAAUCUCCUCACCAAGUCGGUGUAAUUCAAAAUAUCACUAAAACGGGGAGCAUCAUCUUGCUAACUCAACUACCAAAUUAAUCAAUCAAUUAUAUGGUCACAUGUAGCACAAAAAAAUAAUUCUGAGGUCAAUCCUAGCUCAAAACCCGCUCCUUGUAAUUGACGCGCACAUGUGCCGCUUCUGUUUUUUAGCAUCGCUUUGCUCUCACUCCUGCAUCUUAUAAAUGCUAAGGAACUCCAAGAUGGAUACACAUCCAAGAUGGAUACACAUCAGAGAGCUAAGAACAUGGCACUUGCGAGAGGAGAGAUGUUAUCAUUUAUUAUUUUGUGCUUAAUUUUAUUAAGAUUAGAAGCCCAACUUCAAUUUGGAUUCUAUGAUUCGAUCUGCCCUGAAGCUGAGUCGAUUGUGAAAGAUGAAGUUAGCAAAGCCGUGGGUGCGAAUCCUAGCUUCGCCGCCGCCCUUCUUAGGAUGCAUUUCCACGACUGCUUUGUUAGGGGCUGCGAUGCAUCGGUUCUCAUUGACUCAACAUCGUCUAACACAGCAGAGAAGGAUGCUCCCCCAAAUACGAGCCUCCGCGGGUUCGACAUCGUCGACGGUGCCAAGUCGCGGCUGGAAGAAGUAUGCGGCGGGAUAGUUUCAUGCGCAGAUAUACUAGCAUUUGCUGCUAGAGAUAGCAUUGUACUGAGUGGUGGACUCUCGUACCAAGUCCCUGCAGGAAGAAGAGAUGGAAGGGUUUCCACCGCACAGGAGACAAAUGGAAAUCUCCCACCCCCAACAUUUAAUAUUGACCAACUCAUCCAAAUUUUCACUCUCAAAGGGUUCACCCAAGAAGAAAUGGUCACUCUCUCAGGAGCACAUACGAUCGGUGUGUCGCAUUGCAGUUCAUUCAGCAGCAGGCUCUACAACUUCAGCUCCACCAUGAGCCAAGACCCUGACCUGGACCCGACCUACGGGGCGGAGCUAAUGCAACUCUGCCCACAAGGGAGCACCACCAACUCAGGCUUGAUUGUGCCUAUGGAUCCUUAUAGCCCUAACUCAUUUGACACAGCGUAUUACAACAAUGUUCUUGCAAACCAGGGGUUAUUUACUUCGGAUCAAGCCCUCCUAUCAACUGACAUCACUGCAGGGCAAGUUAUCGAAUAUGCAAACAACACCGACAUAUUCUAUGCUGAUUUUGCAGCAGCAAUGGUGAAGAUGGGGCAGAUCGAAGUCCUUACGGGUAGUCUCGGCGAGAUAAGGUCCAAUUGUAGGGUUAUUAACUGAUGCACGGUUGAUCGAGUCGAGUGUAGCAUUAGAUGUUUUGUUUGUCCGUAGUUAUUCGAUGAAUUAAUUCUUUUCUCGGUAGAGAAAUGUCUAUUUUCACUUGUAAUGCAAGAAAGAAAACCUGGUUUAAAACAUUAAGGUUGAUUUAAUAUUGACAUGUCAAA